UACAGUCAGUGCGGCAGACAGAGAUAGAAGGAUAGAGYGAGGGAGUGAGUGAAUGAGAAAGACGGGCACACAGGGAGUGAAACAGACAGAGCGAGGGUAGCGGCUCUUACAUCUAGACGCGUGUAGAUAUUUUGCUCCGGGAGAUUCAAAAUAAAACAAACAAGAACACAACAGAUCGCGCUUGUGACAGGAAAGGCACCCGAAAGAGAUAUUUGAAUGACUUUUCUGCCUAGCUGAAUUAUUAUUCCGAGGAAUAGUGUCAUAUGUGGAGAUUUCUUAACCUCGGAACGGCUGGCGUUUUUCAGCGCACGAACAAGGAAUACAAUGCUAAGGAUUUUGGACCCCGUGGUCACUGUCGUGACCAUUUCCUUUGUGGUCAAGGGGGUGCUCGGUGGCUACGGGAUGAGCAUGUUCGCCGCGCAAACAUCUCCCCCGGACCCUUGCUACGACGAGAAUGGUAACCCGAGGAGAUGCAUCCCCGAUUUUGUGAACUCCGCUUUCGGAAAGGAAGUCCGCACUUCCAGCACCUGUGGUAAAACCCCGGGUAGGUACUGCUUGGUAACAGAGAAGGGCGACGAGAGAAAUAGGAACUGUCAUACUUGCGAUGCCUCGAACCCGAAAAAGUAUCACCCACCGGCAUAUCUAACGGAUCUCAACAACCCCCAUAAUCUCACAUGUUGGCAAUCGGAAAAUUACAUCCAAUACCCCCAAAAUGUCACCAUAACACUGUCACUGGGCAAGAAAUUCGAAGUCACCUACGUAAGCCUGCAGUUCUGCUCACCUCGACCCGAAUCUAUGGCUAUCUUCAAGUCUAUGGACUACGGCAAAUCUUGGGUACCUUUCCAAUACUAUUCGGCCCAGUGCAGGAAAAUGUACACCAAACCGAGCAAGGCCACCAUUACCAAACAGAACGAACAAGAGGCGAUAUGCACGGACUCCCACACGGACAUGCACCCUCUAUCCGGCGGUCUCAUUGCCUUCAGCACUCUGGACGGCAGACCGUCGGCGCACGACUUCGACAACUCGCCGGAACCACUACCCCCUGCCCAUCUCACGGUGACGAGGAGGCAGUGGGACUCGCCCCACCUCCCAGUAGUCUUCGUCCUGCCAAACGGCACUGCCGGGACUGUUCGUCUGGGAUCUUCCCUACAGGCAGCUUAG